UCCAGUAGCACCACAGGCGGCUGCUACUCAAAGACAAACAGAAAGGGGGACAGCCAGCAAAAUAAGAAUAAAAGAUAACUGUUCAGCUUACUUUAGCUAUUUACCACCUAGAUAGUUUAGUGCAUUUGAUUUUAUUAUUAAGUUAUAUAUAUUUCCUUUGAAAAGGGCCCUUUGAGUAAAAAAAAAGAGAGAAAAAAUGGUGAGUCUGCUUUGCAUUACAAUAAUCGCCCUGACACUGGCAGGCAGUUCCUACAGUCAAGUAACGCCCCCUCCAAUGCAAGUUUCAGUCCAUGUCUUUGCUGAACCGGGUGCCAACGUCACCCUGCCCUGCAGGCUGCCACACUCCGAUGGCAUCGCUUUGGGCGUCCGGGUGAAAUGGACCAAAGUGGCGGACGAUGAAGACCUGAAUGAAGAUGUGCUGGUUUCAAUGGGAUUCCACAAGAAGACCUACGGAAGCUUUGAAAAUCGGGUCUUUAUGGAGAACGAUGAGACCGAAGAUGGCUCCAUCCUCAUCACUGAUGUUUCUGAAAACGAUAGCGGAAAAUACCGCUGCGAGAUUGUGAAUGGAGUCGAAGACACGAUUCAAGAAAUCACCUUGGAAGUACAAAGUGCCAACAAAGGGGUUGUAUUCCCGUACUCUCCCAGUACGGGCCGCUACAGACUGAACUACGAUGAGGCCGUGCAGGCCUGCCAGGACCAGGGUUCCGUGGUCGCCACCUUCGAUCAGCUCUUUGAGGCCUGGAAGGGGGGUCUGGACUGGUGCAAUGCCGGGUGGCUCAAUGAUAGCACAGUGCAGUACCCCAUCACCAAACCCCGGGAGCCCUGCGGUGGCACCAGCAGUGGACCCGGUGUGAGGACCUACGGACGCAGAGACAGGCAGAGAGGCAGCUACGACGUCUUCUGCUACACUGCUGAACUCAAGGGACGUGUGUACUGGCUGGUCCAGCCUCUCAGCCUGACCUUCGACGAGGCCGUUCAGGCGUGUUUGGAUGACGGUGCGGAGAUCGCCAAGGUCGGCCAGAUGUACGCUGCCUGGAAGCUCAACGGCUACGACCGCUGCGAUGCCGGCUGGUUGGCCGACGGAAGCGUCCGCUACCCCAUCACCAGGCCCCGCAAGAACUGCAGCCCCACGGAAGCCGCAGUGCGCUUCAUCGGAUUCCCGGACAAGCAGCAGAAAUCUUACGGCGUCUACUGUUACAAAGCUGACCAGUGAGCGAGUAGAUAGAAACCGUGAAGCCAUAACCACCAAAGAGCAUCAACAACGACCAGUAAUAGCAACAAUGAAGCAGAUAAGCUUUGGAUCUUACCUAGCAUGAACUCAAAACUCUCCUAAAGCUGUGAUAACGCUAAAACAAAUACUGCACAUCUUACACCCUUAAGCAAUAAAUGGCAAAAUGUUUUGUAACCAUUAAGUUUUCCUCCCGCUGUGCAUUCUUUGAUUUUACGUAGGCUGCUGGGUAAAGGGCAACAGUGUUAUGUUAAGUUUGACCGAUGUGACAGAGACAAGAACUUAAUGGUCAACAUCUAAGUUUGUUUUGUCUUCCACUAAAUGAAUAAAUGUGUGAAGUUCAAGAUUUAGAGCAAUUCUGCUCAUGUGCAGAUGAUAUGUGCUGCUUUAAAAUGUUUCUACAACAGAACAAUGUGAGAUUUUAUUUUAUCAAGUACGACAUCAGUGACAGAAAAUGAUUACAGCAUUACCACCACCGUCGAGCUAUGCAUUUCUACAUGUUAUCCUGCAGUAAGUCUUCAAUUGGAUCCUUCUCUAAGCAGAGUCGAAUCUCUUUUUUGACCUCUGAAACUGCAGAAAGGUUCUUUAAAUGCACGAGCUGUGAUCAAAUUAAGUGCCAAGAAAAUUAUUGUUAAUGUUUUAGUCUGUGACCUUUUCUGCAUCAAAAGCUCUUAUUAGAUUUACUCUCAAUUACAUUCUGAGAGACAUUUUUACUAUUAUAACCUUAAAAGAUGCUUUUUUUUUUUUUUUUUUUUUUUUUUUUUUACUAUUGUAACAAAAUAUUUUUAUUUUUUAAUGAUGGUUCAAUGAUAUAUUGUAAUGUUUGCUGCAUCCUUCAAAAAUAAAAAGAGCAUAUUCUGCCCUAUGCAUGCAGUCCAACAAAAACUGGUUCAUACCAGCAGGAUCACAGUGAAGGAGUCCAGAUAUUCUCCUUAGCAUGGGUAGAAAAAACUUACUGAUUCUCUGACAGUUUUCUCAAUUCCCUAAGAAAAUAAUCACAACACAACAAUCUCACUCAACAUUUUUUUUUUUUCUGUUUUGUUGGGUUUUGUUGACCUGGUUCAUGCCGAUGACCACUUUCACUCAGAAACAGAUUAAUUCUAUAUCAUUUAAUAGUAGCUGGACUGUGACUGCAUGACCUGGCGAGCACAUAGUUUAAAACUUUAUGAUUUUCAAGAUUUUGCUUUUUUUUUCUGUUAACUGUAUCUAACCCUGGGCACUGAUGUGGUACUUACUGCAGAAUACAUGUGAUAAUACAGUGACGCAUUACUCGUAAAAGCAAAACCUUUUUCAAAAUUUGCCUUUCAAACUUGUGUAUUUUCACACACUUGUGCAUGAAAAAAGAUGGAGGUAUUUUUGUAUCUUAUCGUCAUGUACCUUUAAAAAAAAGCAGUUUGGAAUAAAGAACAAAACUUUAAAAUCA